CUUGGUUUCUACUUAAAGCCCUUCACACCUUUUCAUCCCUCUAAAAUUUAGUUAGUAAGGGUUCAACUCCCUAGGGCUCUGGGCAUUUUUUUCUUUUUUCCCUUUCCAGAUUUGCUGUUGCUCUGUGCACAAACAAGGCAGAUGCUGUGCUGCUAUUUUUAAGUUUGUAUGUGGCUACACAAAAGUGACCUGCAGAAGUGCAGCUUUGCAAUUUGACAUAACGACAGAACUCGGCUCGUUUUUACCGGCGGGCACCUGAAGGCGCCCACAGCCGCUGCCGCCCGUCCCCUCAGGGUGGGCCGCCCCCAGCCCGUCCCGCCUCACGGCCGCCAUGGCGCCCGCCCCGCCCCGCGCCUUCCCGCCCUCACGGCGGCAGCGCCAUGGCGGCCGUGCGGGACGUGGAGAUCGACCCUGAGGGCACCUUCAAGUACAUCCUGGUGCGCCUGCAGCGCCCGGGCGGCGGCGAGCAGCGCGACAUCGUCCGCGGCACCAAGGCGGCCGAGUUCCACAAUCAUAUAUUUGAAAAAGUAAAUCCUGAGAUGGAAAAGUUGGGAUAUGAGUGCAAGUGCCUUGGAGGAGGGAAAAUUGAACAUAACAGCAAAGACAAGAAAAUCAGGGUAUUUGGGCUCUCAACAGGCUAUGGAAAAGCAGAUCACUCAGUCACUGUAGAGAUACUGAAGAAAGAAUAUACAGAUUAUGAAAUUACAUGGUCAGAUGACAAGAAAUAAUCUUGUGAGCACAAUGAGCAGUUCCAACCUGGUAACUGUGAGCUGCACUUUGAUAAAUAAAAUUGAAUGUGUGUUCUA